AUGAGAAACCCCUACACAACAGAUAGCACGUGCAUUACCUAUGAUGCAGUGAAUGCCGCCUAUUUGGAUGCGCGAAAACGAAUACAUGUGGCGCAACCGAAGGGCGAUUGGAAGGCGGAUGAAUUGGCUACGGUCGGUGAAUUGCUACUAGAUAUUUCUAUCCAGUUAGCAAGGACUUACGGUCUGUCAUACGAGGAAAUCGAAAAGGGGCUACCCACUAUCGACACAUCGAAAACACUUAUACGCGACGUGUGUCCGCCCUUCUUUGCCGGCGUGGAGUGCCGUCCUGGCAAGUAUCGGCGCUUCGAUGGCCUUUGCAACAACAUCGACCAUCCCACAUGGGGCGCUGUAAUGUCACCAUUCCAACGCCUUGUCGGCCCACUCUAUUCGGAUGGCAUAAAUGCGCCACGCAUCUCAGUCACAGGCCAUGAUCUGCCCAUUUCGCGUGUUGUCUCGCGUACAAUGCAUCCCGAUGAUGGUUAUCACGAUCACGCUGGCACUGUUAUGGUUAUUGCUUGGGGUCAAUUUAUGGACCACGAUUUUACACUAACCGGAACGCCGUUGGAUCCCAUUAAUCGCAAUGAUCCGGAAGAGUGCUGCAAACGCCCUCUGCAUCUAAAGCAUCCGUACUGUAAUGAAAUUCGUGUGCCAGACGAUGAUUAUUUCUAUCGACUUUUCAACGUGAAGUGUAUAGAUUUUGUGCGGGGUUUUCCUUCCCCACGACCAGGUUGCCGAUUGGGUUCCCGCCAACAAUUCAACACACUCACCGGUGUUAUUGACGCCAACACUGUUUACGGUAUCAGUGAGAAAUUUUCCCGAAAACUUCGCACCGGCUAUGGUGGCCUGUUGCGCAUGAAUCCCGUCUUUCAAGAGUACGGACUCAAAGACUUGUUGCCACUGAAACUCGAUAUACCCGAUGAAGGUUGCACGCGUCCGAAUAAGAGCAUGUUCUGUUUCGAAGCUGGCGAGAUACGAGUGAACGAACAAUUGGUGCUGACCUGCAUGCAUACGCUUAUGGCGCGCGAACACAAUCGCGUAGCGUCAGCAUUGGGACAGAUCAACAAGCAUUGGGAUGAUGAAACCCUAUUCCAAGAGGCGCGUCGCAUCAACAUCGCUAUCGUGCAACAUGUGACAUUCAAUGAGUUCUUGCCCAUAUUGUUGGGCAAAGAAGUGAUGGAUAAAUUCGGUUUGGUGCUGCAGAAAGAUGGCUACUGGGAUGGCUAUGAUCAUAAAGUGAAUCCUGGUAUUAUUGAUGCUUUCGCUGGUGCUGCGUUCCGUUUCGGACACUCGUUGCUACCCACCGCCGUGGAGCGUUGGUCAAAGGCGCACAAAUUUAUCGCCUCGAAACGUUUGUCGGAUCUAAUUCGUCGGCCGUAUGAUUUGUAUCGCGCUGGAGUGUUGGAUGAAUACUUUAUGGGCUUGAUGAAUCAAGUGGCGCAGGCGAUGGAUGAUUCCAUAACGCAGGAGGUGACCAACCAUUUGUUCAAGAAGGAGGGAGCGCGCUAUGGCUUGGAUUUGGUAGCAUUCAAUAUGCAGCGCGGUCGUGAGUUCGGCCUGCCUGGCUAUAUGGAGUUUAGAAAGUUUUGCGGUCUGCCCACUUCGACGUCAUGGGAGGAAAUGUUCGGUUCAAUGCCAAACGAUACAAUUCUGCGCUACGAGAGUAUCUUCGAGCAUCCAGCUGAUAUUGAUCUUUGGUCAGGUGGCGUUUCAGAGAAGCCCCUACCGGGCUCAAUGUUAGGACCAACCUUCGCUUGCGUUAUUGCCACACAAAUGAGUUAUGUGCGGCGCGGUGACCGCUUCUGGUAUGAGUUGCCUAAUCAGCCUUCAUCGUUCACACCUGAGCAGCUGCAAGAGCUGAGGAAGGCGAAGCUAUCACGCUUGAUUUGUGACAACACCGAUCUUAUAGAUACUAUACAAAUUUAUCCGAUGGUGUUGCCGGAUCAUGAAAUUAACCCACGAGUGCCAUGCAAGAGUGGUAUCAUUCCAUCAAUAGAUCUGACGAAGUGGGCCGAUUACUCAAGUCCCGAUAUAUCACAUCCAGUUUAUAACUUCAUCAACGAAAUACCUGACACAUUAUUAAACUUCAAGAAGUAACAGGA